AUGGCCGUGUGCAAGAUAACACUUGGUGGUCUUGGCUGGGUUCUUGUUUAUGAUAACAAAACCACAAAGACAUGGAACAGGCCUUUUGGAGGUCCUGCCUCAGCACAUCUUCGCCGACUAAUAGAGCCACACGAAAAAACAGACUUCAGCUCAGCAACUCAGUUUUCCCGGCUUCAGGAGUGCAAAGGCAUAAACCAAGUCCCAGCUCUGCGAGCUCAGCUAGGCUUGCGCGCCCGGGGGACGGAUCCCAGCGAGAGCAGCGCGGGGGCCGGGCGCGCCCGUCGGCAGCCCGCCGCCGGGGCCGGCACCGGGCCUGGGUGCCCGCUGCUGCCCGACAAGAGCCUGCCCGGGCUCAAGGGGAAGGAGCCCGUGGUCUACCCCUGGAUGAAGAAGAUCCAUGUGAGCACGGUCAAUCCCAAUUACAACGGAGGGGAGCCCAAGAGGUCUCGCACUGCCUACACCAGACAGCAGGUCCUGGAGCUGGAGAAGGAGUUUCACUUUAACCGGUACCUGACCAGGAGGCGACGCAUCGAGAUCGCGCACACCCUCUGUCUCUCCGAGCGCCAGGUCAAGAUCUGGUUUCAGAACAGGCGCAUGAAAUGGAAGAAAGACCAUAAACUGCCUAACACCAAGAUGCGCUCCUCAAACCAGUCCACACUGAGCCAGCAAUCCAAAGCACAGACACAGGGCCACCCCCAUCCCCUCGAUGGGGGGUGGCUGGCCGUUUGGACCAAACAACUGUAUUCGGAGCUUGGGGCUCGGCUGGGAGUUACAGGGAAGAGAUUUCGUGUCUUUAGCAAUGGGGAAAGCGGAGGAAAGGAGUGGGGCGCUGUUAUUAUCGUUAUCAUUGUCGCUAUUAUUCCUGCUAUUACCGUUUCCGAGAGUAAUGGCCGUGUGCUCAUCAGGUCACCCCGCUUCUCUCAUUUGUCGUCGUUAGAUGUUUGGGGGAAAGUAUCCAGCAGCGUAAAUAUAAGGAAAGUGGUAAAAGAAAUUAGGGCUAUUCUGACCCGAAUAGACGAAGUUGUUUGUCAGCAAGGGGAGUCGGGGACUGUGAGGAAUACGUUUUAG